AUGGCGACCCAAUCUAGAUCACAAAUACCCCAGAUUCAUCUUCUCUUCAUGGACGAUGACUACGGACGCGCCUUUAAUGCUGCCAAAAGCGAGUAUCCCCUCCCUCCGUCAGUCGACAUCACGGUGCAUGAAAGUCGGCUUGCUGAUUUACCAGCGUCCAUCACAUUUGAUGCAAUUGUUUCUCCAGCGAACUCUUACGCUAGGCUUGAUGGUGGCUUUGACGAUGCCCUGUCUAGGGCAUUCUCCCCUAAGGAGGAUUAUCUCGCCUUGACCAAGCAUGCUCAACAAGCUGUCUACACGGAAUGGAGAGGGUUCGCUCCUCCAGGGACUUGCACGAUUAUCGACCUCAAGACUGAGAGCCUCAAAGACGAACCAUGGGGCUGCCGAUACUUGGCUUUAUGUCCCACCAUGAAGAUCCCUCAAAAGGUGACCUGGGAUAGAGAAGUCGUCUAUGAAUGCAUCUGGUCACUCCUGGCAUCGGUAAGCAAGCACAAUGUGUCGGUUGGAAAGCCUGGAUCAGAGCAUUGGCGUCAAAUCAAUUCCAUCCUGAUGACACCACUUGCUACUGGGUACGGUGGUUGGAGUGGUGCUAGAUGGGCUGCACAGCUACUUCUGGCCAUACGGCAUUUCAUCGAGGCCACAGAGCGGGCGGAGAAAUGGGGUGUGAUGGACCCGAUCAUCAUCAUGAAGUUCGCCGAAGAGAUGCGUAAGACAUAUGAGCUGUAG